CCCACCUCAACACCACAAUGGCCCCCAAACCGACCAUCAUCCUCGUCCACGGCUUCUGGGGCGGCGCAGCGCACUGGAACAAGGUCAUCCUCGAGCUCCGCGCCGCGGGGUACGGGUACAACAACCUCCGUGCCAUCGAUGUACCUCUCACCUCGCUGGCCGACGAUGCGGGACGUAUCCGGCAAGAGCUCGACAAUACCGAGGGAGACGUGCUGCUCGUGGGCCACUCGUACGGCGGGGCUGUUAUCACGGAAGCGGGGAACCACAAGGCUGUGAAGGGCCUGGUGUACAUCGCGGCCUUUGCGCCCGACGCAGGCGAGUCCCCCGGCGGGCUGACGCAGGCCCGUCCCCCGUCCGCCGCGGCGAACCUCGCCCCCGACGCCGCAGGCUACCUGUGGGUCAAGCGCGAGCUCUUCCACGAGUCGUUCGCGCAGGACCUGACCAAGGACGACGGCUUUGCCAUGGCCAUCACGCAGAAGGCGCCCCUCGCGAGCACGUUCGGCGAGGCCAUUAGCAACCCGGCGUGGAAGACCAAGCCGUCGUGGUACCAGAUCUCGACGGCGGACCACAUGAUCAACCCGGAAAACCAACAGUUCAUGAGCGCCCGCAUCCAGCCGCGUAAGGUCAUCAAGCUGGAUGCGAGCCAUGCCAGCCUUGCCAGCAAGCCGAAGGAGGUGGCAGCGCUCAUCCUUGAGGCUGCGGGGGCCAUUUAGUGCCGGCCAUCGAAACUCUGGCCGCAGGGACUUUGAUAGGACGGUCGUUGGGCUCGUUGACAGCCACGUGAGAAAGUCAGAAAGCCAAGCACAUGCACGAGUCGGCGAUGA